AUGGCUUAUUUGCAAUAUCUUCUACUUCUUCUGACUUCGAGAGUCCCAUCUGUCUGGGCACAAGUUCUCUUCCAUGGCACCUCGGUAAUUAUAUCUCCUUUCAAUGGUUCAGACCACCCGAGGGAUAGCAGCUUCCACACAGCGAAUUUCUACUGCUACGCGACGCCUACGGGCUACUUCAGUUUUGGAUGGUGGUUACCCGCUAAACCAGGAACGGAUACCAGUCGUUGCUCCCCGGACGCAGGACUUGAUAGCAUUGACUGGUUUGAGUAUACCACAUCAGGCGGCUGUGGAGCCACAACCUGCAAAGUCCACGCAGUCAAUUAUAUGCUGAACAACACGAGAUCCCCACUCAUUGAUGUGGACUACUUCGCAGUGAGCCUGGACAUUGCCAACGGUGAGCCGCAUGGACAAUUGGCGUUGAGCUAUUUCGACCAACCGGGAGGUGCCUAUGCGGUUGGAUCUCGGGAGAUACUUAGCGGGGGCAUUAGUGAUCACCGACAGGCCAAGGAGUGCGAAUUGGCUUUUAAGACCCUGAGUAAGAUAUACGCUGAAUACGAGGCGCCGCUGACGUUCGAUCUGAAGGAUCCGUGCAAGAAAGGUCUUCUACAUGGUCUGACUGCAUCUUUCUCAGACCAUAUGAAACAAAGUUUCUUGGGAUGGAGGAAGACUAGGUAG